AUGGUAAUGUCAUUGAGAAAAUCUACACAGUUGUUGCUUCAAGAUGGUAGUAAUCAAUUCACAGCAAGAUUGUUUACUGAAGUUGCGAAAGCGAAUUCGCAGAAGAGCUUUAUUCUUUCUGCGAUAUCUGUUAUGCCACCUCUUGCUGAAUUAGCACUGGCGUCGGUUGGUGAAUCACACGAUGAACUUUUAGCAGCAAUUGGAAUGCCUAGUGAUAAUACUACAAAGGCAGUUUUCUCGUAUGCAAACAAGGAAUUAAAAAAUAUUAAAGGAAUCACACUAAACACAGCUAGUAAAAUUUAUGUUGGAAAGAAUUACGAACUAAAAGAUGACUUUGUAGCCGUAGUAAAGGACGUUUUUGAUUCCGAAGUUCAAAAUAUUGACUUUAUAGACAACGUAAAUGCAGCUGCAGAAAUUAAUAGAUGGGUGGAAGAUAAGACAAAUAACCGCAUUAAAGAUUUAGUCGACCCUGAUUCAGUCAGCAUGACUAAAGCUUUAUUAGUCAACGCCAUUUACUUCAAGGGUACAUGGGAAAACAAAUUUGAUAAACAGUUGACGGAAGACAAAGAUUUCCACGUGAGCAACAAUAAUGUAAUCCAAGUACCUAUGAUGUACCAAGUGGGCGUUUUCGAUUAUGUCCAUAGUGAAGAACUUAAAUCUGAAAUAAUUGAAAUUCCAUAUGCCGGACGUCAAGUUUCUCUCGUCGUUAUACUUCCACGUGAAGUUGACGGUAUUGCGGAGUUAUUAGAAAAAUUAAAGGACCCGAAUAUUAUAGCCAAUGCUUUGAAACAAAAGCAUAAAGAAAAUGUAAGACUAAUAUUACCAAGGUUUAAAAUUGAAACAACUACUGAUCUGACAAACGUUCUCGUAAAAAUUGGUGUGACAAAAUUAUUCAACCCAUCCGAAUCUAAAUUGAAUAACAUGUUGAAAGGCGGUGAAAAUGUAUCCAUAGAUUCGGCUGUACAGAAAGCAUUUAUAGAAGUUAAUGAGGAAGGGACAGAAGCUUCUGCUGCUAAUACUUUUUUCUUUCUCUCAGCCGUUCAAGAUUUCAUCGCUAAUAGACCGUUCUACUACGCUAUUAAAACAAAUUCUUUGACUUUAUUUAACGGAGUAAUGUAUGGUUAAUAAAGUACCUAAUACACAAAAUAAAUACUUG